AUGAAAAAUAAUUUUCCCAGAAUAUUUUCAUUUGGUCUCGUUCCCCAACCAAGGAAAAUUUAUGCAGGCUGCCGUGAAGCUGCAAGAUGUCAGCUCUGCAGAAAACGCAAUAUUAUGCCCAAAAAUUCAAUCUUGCCUUCCCAAACAAGACCUCAAAAACCGUUCCGUUGCUAUUAUAGGUCUGGGGAAAUCUGGAAUUUCUGCAACAAAGCUUGCUCUUGCCAGAGGUGCUUCUGUUCUAGCCAUUGAUGAGAAUUAAAAAAUGGUCACUCUGGGGCAAAAUAUUCUCUCAGAGAAGCAUAGCUGUUUGAAGACAAUCCUUGGUCAAUUUGAUCACGAGUUACUUAAGGAGGCUGAUGUGAUAGUUGUUUCCCCAGGAGUUACUCUCGAGAAUUAUGAAGUUCUCCCAAGGUACACCAAAGUUUUGGCUGUGACUGGAACUAAUGGAAAAUCCACUGUGGCCACGUUUGCUGGACAGAUUCUCCAUCAGUUGAAUAUAGAGACGUUUGUUGGGAGAAACCUAGGCAUUCCUCUAUCAGAAGCUACUUUCCAGUGCUUAACAUCAUGCCCUAAAAGAUUUCUUCAGGCAAGGAAGAAUGUUGCCAUUGUUGAAGUCAGUAGUUAUCACUUAGAAAUUCCCUACAAGUUCUUCUGCCCUUCUGUAAAUGGAGUUCAUGUUGCUGUAAUCUUGAAUCUCACUCCGGAUCAUCUAGAAAGGCCCAAGACCAUGGAAAACUAUGCCAUGACUAAGUGUCGUGUUUUUUCUCACAUGACUGACAAAAGGAUUGCUAUUCUUCCACUUGAAUGGACAUUGAAAGUUGAACCUACAUAUUCCACAUUUCAUAUUCCUUUGAAAUCAUUUUUCUACACUGUCACUAGAAGUUGAAAACAAAUCAAAGGAGAUGUUU